AGAAUCCUUCUACACUAAAUUCAGGAUUGGUGAAAUUGCUGCUUUAGUGAGCCAUUUUUGAUGACAAUAACGAUGGGGGCUCGAGCGACGGAAACAACUCGGGAACUGGAAAGCACCUCUGUAAAGUAUCAAAUAGGAGGACAUGCAGAGAAAAUGUGGCAACGGCUCAAAGGAAUAUUACGAUGCUUGGUGAAGCAGCUGGAGAAGGGUGACAUUAACGUGGUGGAUUUAAAAAAGAACAUUGAAUAUGCAGCAUCUGUGCUGGAGGCAGUUUAUAUCGAUGAAACCAGGAGGCUUUUGGACACUGAGGAUGAGCUCUCUGACAUCCAGUCAGAUUCUGUCCCGCUGGAAGUACGGGACUGGUUAGCCUCUACAUUCACGAGGGAAAUGGGAAUAGUGAAGAGGAGACCUGAAGAAAAGCCCAAAUUCCGAAGCAUUGUGCAUGCUGUACAGGCUGGGAUUUUUGUAGAAAGGAUGUACCGUAGAACUUCUAGCAUGGUUGGUUUGGCUUACCCAGCAGAAGUGAUUGUAACAUUUAAGGAUGUUGAUAAAUGGUCUUUUGACGUAUUUGCCCUAAAUGAAGCAAGUGGAGAGCACAGUCUGAAAUUUAUGAUGUAUGAGCUGUUUACUCGAUACGACCUUUUGAGCCGUUUCAAGAUCCCUGUUCCCAAUCUUAUUACAUUUGCUGAAGCUCUUGAGGUUGGUUAUAGCAAAUACAAAAAUCCAUAUCACAAUUUGAUCCAUGCAGCUGAUGUUACUCAAACUGUGCAUUACAUAAUGAUUCACACUGGUAUCAUGCACUGGCUCACAGAACUGGAAAUUUUAGCAAUGAUAUUUGCAGCUGCCAUCCAUGAUUAUGAACAUACUGGGACCACAAAUAAUUUUCAUAUUCAGACAAGGUCAGAUGUUGCAAUAUUGUACAAUGAUCGUUCUGUUCUUGAAAAUCAUCAUGUAAGUGCUGCUUAUAGACUCAUGCAAGAAGAAGAGAUGAACAUUCUGGCAAAUUUAACCAAAGAUGACUGGAGGGAGUUGCGUAGCUUGGUCAUUGAGAUGGUCUUGUCUACAGAUAUGUCGGGUCAUUUUCAACAAAUUAAAACAAUGCGACAUACUCUACAGCAGGCAGAGGGGGUAGACAAAGCCAAAGCCAUGUCUUUGAUUCUACAUGCAGCAGACAUAAGCCAUCCAGCAAAAUCGUGGGAACUGCACUACCGGUGGACCAUGGCCCUGAUGGAAGAAUUUUUUCGACAGGGAGACAAGGAGGCUGCUUUAGGUCUUCAGUUUUCGCCACUCUGUGACCGCAAGUCUACUUUGGUAGCUCAAUCCCAAAUAGGUUUCAUUGAUUUCAUAGUAGAACCAACAUUUUCUCUUCUUACGGACUCAAUGGAGAAAAUUGUUAUGCCUCUUAUAGAGGAAGCAUCAAAAUCUGAAAGUCCUGCAUUUGGGAUACCCGGCCAGAAUAGUUUGGGAGCAGUAAGCAAUGCUGAAACACAAAGACGACACAAUUUUAAAACUACAGCAAGUGAUGGAGGGACUCACACAGAAAAUUCUCUAGCAACUGUAGACCUAACAAGCUUUAAGAACAACUUGAUGCAGAUCAUUCAAGCAAACAAAGAAAGAUGGAAGGAAUUAGCAGAAGAAGAAGAACUUGUGAGAAAUGUUGAUGAACAGGAAAAAGACCAGAGCAGAAAUUCCACAGAUGCACAGUUACAGGAAGAGACAAGAAGCAUACAAAAUGAGAGUAGUCAGGGAAGCGAUGGUACAACCUGUCCUACCAGAUCCAUCGUCCUACAAGUAGUCACUUCCGACACUUCUCUGAGUGAUGAAUCCAACUCAGAAAAAUGCACUAACUCUGAUCCGAACCAGAAAGAUCUCACCGAUGCCCAGCAAGAAACACAGAAUACAGACCCACUGAAUGGUGAGCCUAUACACUGUAAGAAAUCAGAAGAUAUAGUAAAAGCCGCUGAGCAAAAACAAGCACUGGUACACAACUAGAUUUCCUAUUUCUUAAAAGCUUCUGAUAUUUCAGGCAGGACAGGAGAAAAGAAGAACACUGUCUGUUCCUGCACCUGUGCUCUCAGAGGCUGUUAUCUGUCACCUUAUUCUUGGAUCAUCCUGUUUCUGUGGAGAGUGAUUGGACAAAAUGAUCAAAAGUGUAAAACAUUAAACCCUGAGCUGGUAACUCAAGGCACUUAACAACUCUCAAAAUUUCAGUUGUAUUUGUUGUUGUUAUUUCCUCUUCUAUUCUGCUUUCUUAAACUAGCCAAAAUGAUUUUUUCAGCCAAAGUUGGACAUCGCUCUGUUGUUAUCACUGACACCAGACAUUUCCAAUUAAUCAUGAGACGUGAAAACAUGGCGAUGAUCAUCUGCACUGGAUUGCUGUUACAUGUCACUGCUACUGGCAUCCAAUAGAAGUGGAAAGUCAAAAUGAGAUGUUGCUAUAGACACUUGUUCAUGCAACCAUGCUGCAUGCAACAUUGAAGUUCUACUCGUUAGCUUCCUUUAAAUAUCUGGAAUUAAAAAUAUGUAGACUGUGUGGGAAGUUCUAGAGUUGUACAGAUGAGCCUGCGUGAAUGAUGACUCUUUCCCUUUGCGGUGGCUGCCAUAUGGAGAGAAAUGGUGUUUAAGAAAUCAGUAUUUGAAAACCUCUUUAAAAUUAAUUAAAUAGCAUCCAGUAUUAUGAUUAAAACAUUCUCAGUCCAACAGUGUUUUCUCAGAUGUCACAGCAGUGGUGUCAGCCCUACCAUGAAGCUGGUGCUUAUUGUUUUGUAGGCGGAAGAGACUGCUACAUGAAUACCUGGAAAUUGCUUCGUUUCAGCAGAGUUCUGCCUCUCAGGCAGAACUGGAAGGUGGCACUAAGACCUUACAUCAUGGUUUUUCUCAAAUGCAAAGUUGAUGACAAGUAUGCAACAAAGUCCUUCCUUGCCUUGUUUCAUUAAAAGGAAACACCAGAGCAUCUUUCUCUGAGAGGCAGCGAAAGCGGAGCACGCAGGCGGUUACCUCUGCGAGAAGUCUCAGGAUGAGCCAUCCAGCCCCAGCUGUGCCCGGAAAGAGACUUCAUGUUCAUCUCUGCUUCCCUCAAGCUGCACGGGCCCCUCGGCUUGCCCCUCGGCCUCAUGCAGACUGCCAACAACCUCAUUGCAACAACUGCUGCAGCCUACCAGGAAUCCUCCACCCCCCUCUUCAGGUUGCACGCUCGCGGGUGAGUUGGGUCACUGCAUUCCCCAUUCCCCUUUUUGGACCCCGUGGUUAUUACCUCACUGACCAAAAAGUCUGCAAUCAGCCAUGGUCUGCUCUGAAGAGGACUCAUGGGGGCAGUGGCUCUCCCCUCUACGCAGAGGCCUGUGUACUACUCACCUGCUGCUUCAGGGAUCUAACCAGAGCUCAAGCGUAACAUAGGCACCAGGCUCAGCCUCAAUAAGGACACGUUAUCCCCCAAGUGAAGAAGGAAUAGUAAACCAAUCACCCCAUAUUGAGGGAAGCGUACACAUCCAUACCUUUGACUGUCUCCUUUCUGACAGCACAACCGUUGAAAUUGAGCUGGGAACAAUACAAACUCUGAGCCCUGGGAUAAGGGCAUGCCAAAAGGUGGAAUUUCUGUUGUUGAAUAUGUAAGCCAUAUACACACUAUGCAUAAUUAGUGUGCAUAGUUUUAACUUAAGAAAUGUUUGUGCAUAUAGGUUGUAAAAAGUGCAUUUAAACUGUUUUGUGUAUCUGGUCCAGGGCUUGUAUUUGGCAUGGACAAAGUUCUGUACAGUGCAGUUAAAGAAUGAAAUGUUAACGAAUGAAAUUGUAUCAUAUAUGUUAUAAUGCAAUUGAUAUUUUUUGCUAAGAGUUAAGAAUUUAUAUAUUAUCUGCCAGUGUUUGAGCAAAUCAUUAGUAGCCUGGAUCACUCCAUGCACCUUUGCAAUCCUUUUUGGGGAAUGUUGGGCAAAUUUUUUCCUUUAUAAUGAAAUGUAAACCAUCUUAUGGUUUCUCAUAGUCAUUAUGACAAAAGAAGCAUAUUGUUUAUAUCAGACUUUUUUUUUUAAUGUAAAUUGCCAUAUCUUAUGGCAGUAGAAAAUCUUGUUUAAGAUCUGAGAAUUUUGGUUUUAUGUCUUUUCUCUCAAGACAUGGGACCUUAUUUCAGAUGUGUCUGCAGUCCCACCAAAUUUGAAAAGAUCAAAAGAUGACUGGUAUUUUUAAAAAUUAGGCCAGUUAGAUCUUUGUAAUGUUCUUCAAUAUCGUGAUUUAUGCUUCAUCGAGAACAGAAGUCAGGAGCAAUCCAAAUGUAAUGUUCUUAUUGUAUUUUCAAUUUCAGACUUUUACUGUAGUUGAACUUGACUUUUUGUUUCUGUAUCUCCGUCCCAUCACCAUUGAGAUACUCUGCAGAAGUUUUCUCCUGGAAAUAGAAGCAGAAGUUAUAGCUGAUUCUGCAGUCUACUGGGAGCAUCCUGUGGGGCUCUUGGUGUCCUGUUGUUAUACCCGGUCCUUUGAUCUCCCACUGCAGAGGCUAGGAGGAAUUCCUGAUCUCAUAGGAGGUACUCAGUGCCUGCAGAUCUCCUUCAUUAAUAUAGAAAUGUGAGUUGUGUAUAAAUAUUCCUACUUGCUCAUUUGUAUUCAGUUUUAAUCACUGUGGUAGAUGUUACUGAAAUACAAGCAGAGUCCUUAUUUUUUCUUUAAA